AUGUCUCAAUCCGGAGCGACCGUCUCGCAGGAGUGCAUCACUGCCUACAAUGACCUGAAGCUUAACAAGAAGUACAAGUUCAUCAUCUACAAGCUGUCAGACGAUUACAAGGAGAUUGUUGUCGAGGAAGCCUCUGACAGCAAGGACUGGGAGGCUUUCCGGGAGAAGCUCAUCAAUGCCACCUCCAAGAGCAGAUCCGGUGCUGUCGGCAAGGGUCCCCGUUACGCCGUCUACGACUUCGAGUACAGCCUUGCCUCUGGCGACGGUCUCCGGUAUGCCGUAACCCAAAAGAAUUAUAUCCCGGUGGUUCUGGCACCUGUGACUGACAGACUUUGCAGCAACAAGCUCACCUUCCUUGCCUGGUCUCCUGAUGAUGCCGGUGUUCAGCCCAAGAUGAUUUACGCUUCCUCCAAGGACGCCCUCAAGCGAUCUCUGACUGGUAUCGCCACAGAGUUGCAGGCCAACGACCCCGAUGACAUCGAAUAUGACUCCAUCAUCAAGACCGUCAGCAAGGGCCUUGCUGGUUAA